AAAAGUGUCUUAAUUAUUCUUAUACCGAUUUUAUUAUUGCCCUUGCCUAUUGUCGGACAAAGUCGAAUUGCUAGCACAGCCUAUGCAGUUAUUAUUAUCGCGUCCUUUUGGGUUUUGGAGUUAGUGCCGUUAGCUGUGACAGCUUUACUGCCGAUAUUUUUAUUUCCAAUCUUAGGAGUACUACCAUCGAAAGAUGUCGUACCCAAUUACUUUAAUAACACCAUUGGGCUAUUUGUAGGCGGAUUAACUGUAGCAGUAGCUAUCGAGCACACUAAUUUUCAUAAAAGAAUUGCUUUGUACGUUUUAGUCUUACUAGGUGCAAAGCCGCACUUUUUAUUUUUGGGCUUUAUGAUUGUCACAGCAUUUCUAUCUAUGUGGAUUAGUAAUUCAGCUACUGCUGCAAUGAUGAUACCAAUCGCAACCGCCGUCAUUAGUGAAUUAUCUAAAAAUGUCAGUACUGAUGAUAAUAACGAAUCAACAGUAGAAAAUGAGGAUAAAGAUGGUGACCAAGCGAUUCAAUCAGGUACUUCCAUAAAACAGAAAGAAUUGUUACGACGUAAUUCCAACGAUUUAACCGUACAAGUUGCAGCCUCGGGCGAAGCAAAUAGCGACGAUGAAGGCUCAAUAACGUUUAAUCGAGAAAAUAAGCCUGUCUUAAGUAAAAAGAAGUUUGAUAAAGUUGUUAAGGGCUUAAUUCUGUGUGUUCCUUACGCAGCUAAUAUUGGUGGCAUAGCGACAUUAACAGGAACUCCACCUAACUUAGUGUUAAGUGGAAUAGCUUCAGAUAUGUAUCCUAAAGCUCCACAAAUCGAUUUUGCCAGAUGGUUUGUCUACGGAUGCCCAACGAUGAUCAUUGUCUUAUUUGUCGCCUGGUUGUGGCUAGUAUUUUUCUUCGCUUAUGAUGAUCACAGUUGGAGAGGUAUCAUUCGUUUCUUCACUUGCAAUCGAGUUUAUAGGCAGGAAGGACCGGAUAGAUCGUGGGAUACAGCUAGUGCUAGGAAAGUAAUACAGAUCGAGUACAAAAAAUUAGGUAAAAUGACCUACCAAGAAUGGGUUGUUGGCAUCUUGGGUAUAGUACUUGUUCUUCUUUGGUUAACUCGUAAUCCAGGUUUUAUUCCCGGUUGGGCAGCAUUAUUUCCCAAAGGUUAUGUCUCCGAUGCUACUUCAGCUAUCUUGAUUGCUUUUCUUCUUCAUAUGAUCCCUGAUAUACCACCUUGGAAAUAUAACUUUUUUAACCCUCCAAAACGUGUAGGAAGAAUUUUAACUUUUGAUGUAACACAACGUAAUUUAUCAUGGAAUGUUAUCCUCUUACUUGGUGGUAGUUUUGCCCUUGCUAAAGCAUGUGAAUUAUCUGGAUUAUCUAAUUGGCUAGGCCAGCAAAUGAAUGUCUUCUCUAGUCUAGCUCCGUUUUUAGUCCAAUUAUUAAUUUGUAUUAUUAUCUGCUUUCUUACCGAAAUUAUGUCCAACACCGCGACAGCAACCAUCUUUCUACCGUUAGUUGGCCAAUUGGCGCAAAGUAUGAAUGUUAAUCCUUAUUAUUUUAUGUUACCAACAACUGUAGCAGCUUCCUUUGCUUUUAUGCUGCCGGCUGCAACACCACCUAACGCCAUUGCCUUCUCGAGUGGAUAUGUACGUAGUAUCGAUAUGGUCAAAACCGGAUUAAUGAUGAAUUUUAUUGGAAUACUUAUUUUGGUAGCUAUUACGAAUACUUUGGGAAUCGCUGCUUUUAAUCUGUCACAUUUCCCUGAGUGGGCAUAU